UAAGAUUUUAUUCUGAUAGGUUUUUUUGUUUUAAAAAAUUAUUAAUUGCUUUUUUUUAAUCAAAUUAGAGGCCAGCAAAUCUAUUUUGCAGAAGGCCAUGGCAGGCAGAUCCUCUGCCGAACGCCCUCAACAUCAUCAGAAUUUUUUUUCUUCUAUAACGACAAACCUGGUGGCAAAGAUUGGCCCCAUAGUAUUUCCGCUGAUAGUAAUUUUAGAGCCUGUGAUUGCCAUCUUCGCGGGUUGUUUUACUGCUAAAUCGCACAAACUCCCUCCUGGCCACGAAGAGCCAGCUUUGCUGGCAUCCGAGACUCUCUUCUGCAUAAAUGAAGUUGAGGCCUUGUACGUGCUAUUUAAGAAUUUGAGUAGCUCUGUAAUUGAUGAUGGCUUGAUACACAAGGAAGAACUCCAGCUAGCAUUGUUUAGGUGUGCCACAAAAGAGAACUUGUUUGCAGACAGAGUCUUCGAUCUAUUCGAUAAAAAUCACAAUGGAGUCAUUGAGUUUGGAGAAUUUGUUCGUGGCCUUAGCAUAUUCCAUCCAGAAGCAUCCCGAGAAGACAAGAUUGAUUUUGCUUUUAGACUUUAUGAUUUGAGGCAGACUGGCUACAUCGAACGUGAAGAGGUAAAGCAGAUGAUAGUAGCUCUUUUGAAUGAAUCAGACAUGAUAUUAACAGAUGAAGUCCUUGAAGCUAUAUUGGAUAAGACAUUUUUAGAUGCAGAUUUUCGUCAUGACAAUAAAAUUGAUAGAGAGGAAUGGAGACAGUUUGUUGUACGGCACCCUUCUUUGUUAAAGAUUAUGACUCUUCCAUAUUUAAGGAAUAUCACGACAGCAUUUCCAAGUUUUAUCUUCAACACUGAAGUGGAUGAUUUAGCAAACUGAGUCUCCAUUGACUGCUGAAGAAACCUUUUGGAACAAAAGAAAUUCUUUUCAAGACGGUUGUCCAUUGAUUUAUUUAUCCAAUUUUUUUGCCACUCAAAGAAUGGAAAUGCUUGAAUAUUUGAAUGAUUAUGGUGACAGAAAUGAAGAGAGAGUGCGGUUUUAGCUGAGAACUAUACUGGGUGGCUGUGGGCGAGAACAGAUGGCGACAUGCAACAAGAAUAGUGAAUUUAUGAUAUGGGUUACUCUGUAUGUAUAUGCAAUGUACAUGGAUUUUGUUUCAGAGUUGAAGCAGAGCAUUGAUGUAUAGUAAAAAUCACAUCAUCUUCAAAUAUGUACAUUGUGUACUAUGAAUUUAUACCAAAUAAAUUCCAUUGACAGAGUACUGAUAUUUUAUAUGCAAUUUUUUUACCAUUUU